UCUGUUAACUACCGUCUAUGUGUAUUGUCGUGUCAAUACUGAGUUCUAAUGUGUUUUUAAAGUGUAUACAAAUACUAUAAAAUAUAAUAAUUUAUUCUACUUUUAUUGGACACCGUAGUUCAUAUUUCUACCACCAGUUCUAAUAUUAUCGCAUGCGUUAUAAUAAGCCGCUUAAAUAAAACUAUUUUACACUGCUAUUUAAAGUAUAAUAUAUUUUUUAUACUUAAUUACUCAUCUAUCCGUUGAAGGGUAAAGUCGUGUUUCGCGAGUUCGACUAUAGUGUUCAUCAGUUUUAACAUAACCAUGUUCUCAUGUAGUAUAUGCGAUAAGACCUUUACUAGGAUCUGCAGUCUACGCAGACAUGUCAAGUCACACGAUAUACAAAAUAAAAUUUCAUGCAGUAUAUGCUCAGAAAUAUUCACACGGAGAGACAACCUUAUCAGACAUAGCAAGGAAAAACAUCAAUCAAAUAUUGCAAUUCAACAAGAACCAACCAUAACCAAUCGAGAAAUUCAAGAUUUUUUUAAACCAGCUGAAAACAUUUACGAUUAUAAUGGUAAAUAUUUUAUUCAUAUGUUUAUUCACCUCCUAUGA